UUUUUUAAGGAUGCACGAUGCCUUUAAGCGUUGCUUGGUGUGCGGGGUCGCUGCGGUGUGAAAUGCUCGUAAAUGCCCGUUUCUCACUCGCUGGCGCCUCAGAGCCACAAGCCUCCAUUCGCUUGUUGUUCCCUCAAAUACAUAAUGUUUGAAAUUUCGAGGAUCAGCGCUGAUCGUGUUACGUCAAAUGCAGAAAUAACGGUUAAGCGUCGUGGUUUGUCGGUUGCAGACGCCUGUGCUUCGCCGGGUGUUGUGAGCAGCGUGAAAUUUGAAUUACGGCUCGGCCGACAUGCCUGAGAGCUGACAGCGAAAGCAGUGGAAGACCAGCGCCAGUCCUGUUAUAUGAGGCAUUUAUGCACAAAGAUGAAUGUCAUGUAGAGAGAGAUCAGCUCCUAACGUGCAUGUCUUUUUUAAUUUCUCGUUUUUUUAUUCUUUCUCAUUUAAAACCAUCGUGGCGUUAGGGGCAGCGAUAGUGCAGGAAUACAUCACGGUACUUCAAGACACGAUAUGCAGCACGAUACUUGGACAGACAACAAAAAGAAGCAAUAAUGUCAUGUUAAAUAAGUAAUUCAUCCAGUCACACUGUGAGCCAAGAGAAGUGCGUCUGAAGCAGCAUGUCGGCCAGAGGAGGGAAGAAGAAGACCACCAAACUGUCCCGCUCAGCUCGGGCAGGGGUCAUUUUUCCAGUCGGGAGAAUGAAAAGGUACUUGCGGACUGGCACCCAUAAGUACCGCAUUGGCAUGGGCGCUCCUGUAUACAUGGCAGCUGUAAUCGAAUACCUGGCAGCUGAAAUUUUGGAGUUGGCUGGUAAUGCAGCACGAGACAACAAGAAAGGCAGAAUUACUCCUCGGCACAUCAAACUAGCAGUGGCUAAUGAUGAGGAACUCAACCAGCUGCUCAGAGGGGUGACCAUUUCAAAUGGUGGUGUCCUGCCUCGUAUUCAUCCUGAGCUGCUCUCUAAGAAGAGAGGAGGGAGGGUGAAGGUUGACACACAGGUCUCAGUCCCAGAGAAGACAGAGAAACAGGUCAAGAGCAACAAGAGAUCUGGCAAAAAGGGCAGAGGAAAACCGGGCCGCAAACCCAGGAAGAAUACAGAGAACGACAAAGAGGCAGCCAACUCGACAGUGGACGAUGGACCAGGAGAGGGAUUUACUGUUCUCUCAGCAAAGAGUUUGUUCCUCGGACAAAAGUUGUCUCUUGCAGAGAGUGAACUCAGCAAAAUUGGAUCCAUCAAAGUGGAGGGAAUUAUUAAUCCCACAAAUGCAGACAUUGAUCUGAAAGAUGGAGUUGGUAAUGCCCUGGAGAAAGCUGGGGGAAAGGAUUUCCUGGAUGCUGUGAAAGAACUAAGGAAAACACAAGGCCCUUUGGAUGUUGCGUCAGUCGCAGUUAGCCAGGCCAGUGGGAUGGCAGCACGUUUCAUCAUCCACUGCAACAUCCCGCAGUGGGGCUCAGAGAGGUGUGAGGAUCAGCUGGAGAAGACAGUGAAGAACUGCCUCUCUGCUGCAGAAGAGAAGAAGCUUAAAUCCGUGGCCUUCCCAUCUCUGCCAAGUGGAAGAAAUGGUUUCCCAAAGCAAACUGCAGCCCAAGUGAUACUGAAGGCCAUUUCAAACCAUUUUGUUUCCGCAACCACCUCCUCAUUGAAGAACAUUUACUUUGUGCUGUUUGACAGUGAGACUAUUGGGAUAUAUCUGCAGGAAAUGGCCAAGAUGGAUAGCAAGUGAUGACCAUCCAGCAGUUGUGUUUGCAAGUUUCAUAGUCUGGAUGCUAGACUGUCAGUUUUUAUCAGAUAAAUUAUCUGUACCAAAUCAUAAAAAUAAACUAAACUGAUGGGCAUUAGCAUCCAGGCUAUCAGCAGCAGUUGGUUUUCUUGUGGGUAUAAUUGGACUGAAGGUACUGUAGGUAUAGUCAGAAAAGAAAGUGUAUAAACAAGGGUGUUUGUGAGUGAAGUACUGUACGCGUUUAUGUUACACUGUUCUUUAUGACACUCAUUUAAAGUAGAAAUUAAUUUUUGCUGUUUGUUUUUAGACUGAUCUUGUUUUUACAUUCCAUGUUGUACAACUUUUGACCAUUGUUUUUAGCUAGAUUUCCUGUGUAGUUUCUGAUACAGUUAGUUUACUAAGAAAAAAGUGUUUCUCAUUCUGAUUUGAAAUAAAACCAGAUGUUUUACACCGUA